UUGAAAAAUUCAUCUAUAUAAACAACGAUCAUUCUUAGAUUAUUAGCUAUACAAAAAAUAAACUCAAAAGUAAAACCUUUUAUCAUAAGAUGAAGUCUUCAAAAUUGCAUUUUGUUGUUCUUCUCAUCAUCAUUUCUUUCAUUCUUAAUAUUCAAUCUGCUAGAAUUCUCGAUGAUUCAUCAAGCGAUUGUGAAUUCAAAGGACCUUGUCAAAAGAAGACAGAUUGUUACGAGAGAUGUGGAGUAGGAAAACCACCCUUCAAAAUUGCUUUGUGUGAACCUUAUGGAAAUUCACGUGUAUGUUGUUGUAUCUAAUUAUUAAUAGCCUCAUUUGAUAGAAGUUAUGUCUUUUAGUUUUAUCUGAAAGAAAAUAUAUAUAGCAAUAUGAUAUGCUUACACAUAACUACAUUUUUACUUACACUUUGGAUGUAUUUCAACAUAUAUCAAAUUACAUAUCUUCAAUAUAUGGAGGGUUAUAGAUAAAUCAAAUUAUGGAUGAUUCAUCAAGCAAUUGAUAAUUAACUAUAAAAAAUAAUAGAUAAUCACAUUUUAAUAAUUUAUUUUAUUGGCUGGUGGGGUGAUUUAGAAAUUUUUUUUAUCAGAUUUAGUAUAAAAUAUUAAGCAUUUAUUAUAAAAUGCUUAAAUUUUGACUAGUCAAAUUUAUUUAUUUAUUUAAAUUUGUGUUCUAACAACAAUAACACAUCAGCUGACAACACAUUUUGCUAAUGAUUUAAUUUAAAUCUAUAAGUAUAGGAUUAAAUGUAAAUUGAAGGCUCGAUAAAUAGGCGUCUGAGUUUGGCAGACCGAUUUUUCUUUCUAUCAACAGUGAUCCUUGGGAUUAUAGGUUUUUGGACUUUGGCCAACUCUUUAUGUUUCUCCUUUCGUUGGUGAAAUUUUAAUGGUGCGAAUGGUGAAAAAGUAUAAUUGGAAUAUUGAUCUUAUUCUCACAAUGAAGUUGAUUUAUGUAUUAGAUCAAUUAUGAGUUCUACGGAAACACAUGGUAUAAAAAGUUGAUAUGAAUGCUACUUUUAGAGGCGGUUCCAUCUGGGUGGCGUGUGAUCGAAGAGGUAUCCUACUAUUGGAAAUUUUUGGUCCUUAAAAAAAAAAAUUGUACUUACUCGUGGAUGUUUCACUUACUUCUGAAGUUCCGUAGAAAAGCUAUUCAUUUUAACCUUUAAUGGAAGUUGGAAAUGGCUCUCAAUUUAUUUGGUGGAAUCCUUGGACGCUAUUGUUCUCUGUAAUAGAUUUCAUAGGUUUUUCGAGUGCUGCCUCUAUGGGGAUUUCAUUGCCCUCUCUUGUAAAUGAGAUCUCGUCUGGCGUAGGUGAAACUAGCAUGGAGUUAGAUGAUAUGCUCAAAUUAACUUUUAAGCUACUCUCUCAAAUAAGAGGUUCAUUGUAGUAUUUUAGGAUUGUAUCCAGAGAGACUCGAUAUUUCACACAAUAGACUUUAGCAUCAGACUAUUCUAGGUCAAAUUAUAUAAAUCAGUAAAAAUAACAUAACAGGGUGAAUAACGUAGUUGUUCGAUUGAUUGAUGAGUUGUUUGAUGGAAGGAUGGUUGCUAGACUUAGGGUUUCAAUCAGGUUAUCAUGACUCUAUCGUUAGAUGCUAAGGGUUGAUCCUAGAACUCAAAUUCAUAUAAGCCAGUAAAUCAGCUCUCGCAUGUGCUUACUAAUCAGAUGCUUGGAACCAUGUGAUUCCAGCUCUUGCAUGCAAACUUAUGAAUGAGCGUCGAUCGAUACUAUAGAGUGAGUUUCGAUUGACACUUGUUCCAAACAAGCGUUAAGAACCAAUUCGAUUUGUUCACCAAGUUAUCUAAACCAGCUUUUGUGUGCGCAUAGAAACCUAGCUCAGCAAGAUUCAAUUCAGGUAAUAGACUAGCUCUCGCGUGCGCCUAACUAUCCUAUGAUCAUGUAUCUAGUUAAUUAAUUUUGAAACAAGCAGUAAGAACAAUCAUAUUGAAGAAUCUAUUUAAACACCCUAGCGUAUCUAUAUUUCAGAAGAACAUCAAAACCAUAGAAAAUCUAGAUCUUGGAUGUGGAUCUACUCAGACAUGAUAGUUGUCAUAGAAAAUCAUAAACUGAAUAGAUAUAAAAUAGAUAAAACCAAAUAAGAAACAAAAGGGGUACCAAGAGGACUCUGAAUGAGUUCAUUUCUUCUCUCCUAACCUAGAACAAUGAAUAAAAGAAAAUGUAGCCGUCAAAAAUGGCUUAGAAAACACAUAAAUAAGAUUCUGAGUCGUCCAGGGGUAUUCUAGUAACUUGUGGUAACUUCUGGGCAUAAAUAGGCCAUGAAAUAGGCUCAGCCCGUCUUGUAGGAUCACCGUCAAGAGACAGCAAGGCUGUGUCGUCGAUCGACAUUCUUUCAUCUCCUCGGCAGCUUCAUCUCGCGAGGCUGACAGACCACUCUUCAGUAAAACGGUCAUAACUUAUGCUAUAGGAUGUUGAUUGACCUCAAACCAGUGGAAUUGGAAAGCUAACUCAAAGAUAUAUCUUUUUAAAAAAUGAUGGGCUCAAUCUCACAGUGUUAGGUCUCCUCCCAUAGCUAAACAUCUGACGCGUCAGUGCAGUUUUGCACCUCAAAAGGCUCCAAAAUCACUAAAGUUUUCCAAAACGUACCUGAACCUGAAACACUCUAAAACAUACUCCAACCCCAUAUAAUAUAUUCUAAAACAUUGAUAUACCAUGGCUAAAAAUGGGUAAAAUCCAUGGUAUAUCAUUAGAUUACAUCGGCAUUAUCAACGGCUCGCAUUCCUCUCUGAGCAAUCUUUAACAGCAAUUGUGGACUAUCUUGUCU